AUGCUUUUAGAACUUAACUUAGCUCACAUGAUUGAAUCAUAUUAGCUACCUUAGAUUUAUCAAAUAGAUAUUGAUUUAAAAUAUAAAUAAUUAUAAAAUAUAUAAAUAAAUGAUAAAUUAGAUGAGUUUAAGAAUAUUGAAUUAAAAUCAAUUCAAACAGAUAAUGCAACAUUUGAAGAAAAAGAAAAUCUGAUUCGAAUCUUUAAUUGUGAAAAAGACAGCUUUUUCAUGAAAUAUGAAACUAAUUUAAAAAAGUAAUUUGAAGAAAAGUUUGGCUCUUAAAAGAAGAUGAAACAAUUUAGUAAAGAACUUAUUUGGGGAGAACAUAAAAAUGAGCAAUAUUUGGCAAAAAAGCUGGAUGAUGAUACAUUAAAAUAAAUCUAGGAAAGCUUGAGUAUAUUCAAAAGAUACAGCAAGUUUGCUCUCAAAAAUAAAAGGAUGAUCAUUUAGGGUAGACAGUUAUAUAGUUCCGUUUCGAUUGAAUAGCUUUUUAAUUUGAUUCUUCUUAAUGAGAACUCAAUAGAAUCUGUUGUGUUCAAAGAUAAUAGAAAAAUUCCAAGCAGGGUUUUCAAAAUCGUUUUAAAAAAGAUUUCUAAGCUAUCAAAUCUUAAGGAAUUAGCAUUCAUAAACUCAGUAGUUGAAGAAUAAAAUAUAAUUCAUCUAAGAUAUUUAAUCAAGAAAUUAAAAAUAUAAUAUUUAAUUCUGUAUAAAUCAUAUUUUUUGUCAUCAGAAAUGGAUUUUUUGCUUAACAGGUAAAAUGAAGAACCUGUAUUUUAACUAAACUAGUUUAGGUAUUCUCUGAUUGACAUAAAUCACAAAAAAAAUUAUGAAUUUAGCUAAUAUAGCUUCUGUCUUGAAGAUGUGUAAAGCAAGCCUUAAGAUUAAAUAAUGAUGUAAGAAGAGUUGUUUUUAAAGCAAUAAUCAUUUCCUCAUAAUAUAAAAAAUGUUAUUGCAAAUUAUCAAUCUAAGAAAGUAGCAAUUAUUCAAAAAGAGAGCAUAGAUAAAAUUCCAUUAAACUAUUUUAAAUAUCUUCAUAAUACGAGAGCAGAUUCUAGAGAGCUUAAAUAAAUACAGGGUGAUUUGAUUAGAAUCCUUGAAGAUCAAUUCUUCUAAGAUGAUAUUAAUGAGAUAAAUUAUUCUCUGAUUUACAAAUUAAUUUUAUUUGUUCAGGAAAAUGAGCUUUAGUAAAAAUUUAAAGAGAGCCUGUAAUCUUGCAAAUCUUACAAGAUCUUGAAACAAAAAUAUUGUUUAGAUGCUUUAAAGAAACAAGCAUUCAAUAAUAUAACUUAACUUUAAAUUAGAUACAGCUACUUGCAUGGAUUUACAAAUAUAAAAGACAAUAUAGAUUAUUUAAUAACUCUAGAAAAAUCAGAUUUAUAUAAUAUAAUUUAUAAAGAAAACUGCUUAUUUUUCGAUCAGCAUUAUAACUCAGAUAAAAGGGAUCAAUUAAAACUUUAGCUUUAUAUUUAUGAUUUGAAAUGCUUGAAUUUCUACUGUAAAUUAUUUAUGUUUAUAAAUAGCUCAUAUUUUAGGGAGAAUUCAAUAGAAUAAAUUAUAGAUUUAGUAGCUUCUGAUUUAAUUUUAGACAACUUAAUUGUCAACUUUGGGGUGAUGGAAAGACUAAAAGAUGAUUUUGGCAAACAGGUUUUUUAUGGAAUAAUAAAAAAGAUAAAAAAUGUUAAGAGUUUUGCAUGGUAUGAUAAAUUCACAGAUGAAUAAAGCACAAUUGAAAUAGAUAACACAGAAUUAGAAGAAUUUAGAAUAAAUUUAAGCGAAAAUAGAGACAUUAAUAAAUUUUACUAAGCUAUACACAGUGCUUUCAAUUUAACUAAAAUGGUUAUUCAUAAUUUAGAUUUUUCAAAGAAAGGGUUUGAUCAGCUUGAUAGGAGUAUAUUCCCUCCUUUUCUAAGUCAUUUAGAGAUAGAAACAAAAUUUGUUGAAAGUGCUCAAUAUAUAAACUAGCUAUUUUAGUGUUUUCCCAAUUUAUCAUCUAUUACUUUGAUCUUUAAAGAAAUACAAGCUAGCAUUAUGAAAGAAAUUAGUUUCCCAUAUUUUUUAAAGGAGAUUCACCUUUUCUUAAAUUAAUAAUAAAAUAUCAAUUAAAUCUUAGUAAAAAUUGGCCUGCAAACCUUUUUUCAGCUAGAGUCUUUAAGUCUUUCAGGUUUUAGUAUGCUUGGGAGACUACCUUAGUAAUACUCUAAAUAUUUGCAAACAGAUACUUUACCUGGUUUUGAAAAUCUGAAGAGAUUUUACUUAAAUUGUAAAAUAGAGGAUGAAAAUUAUGUCAAUCUAGUUUUAAACAAUAUAAAAGUAAUUGAUUAAAGCCAAUAAAAUCAUCACUAUCUUCAUCAAACUCAACAAAAACUAUAAAAAAACAUUUAGACAGAAAUAGAUUUUAAUUACAAUCAAAGUUGUUACAAUGGACUUAAAUGUCUUAGCUUAAUUGAAAGCAAUAUGUCAGAAACUAUGCUUGCUAAUUUAAAUUUAGCUUAAUAAAAGCAUUCUUUGAAAUUGUUAAAUCUCUCACGGAACAGAAAAAUAGAAAAUUUUAGUUUUUUAAAUUAAAUUUUUGAAAUCUGCAUAAAUUUAAAAACACUGAAUUUGAGUUACUGCAACAUUAAUGAAGAAAAUUUCAAAAACGUUAAGAUGGAGCUUACUCCAAAUAGUUUAAAAAAGAUCAUUUUAAAUGGUAAUUUUUAGUUACACAAUAUUGAUUAAAUUAUAAAUAAAAUAUCUAAUAAGUGCGAUUUAAAAGUUCUUCAUUUGAGAGACUGUAAUAUAAAUAAUAAAAGAAUUAAUAACAUGCAGCUAUAAAAAAUUGCUAAAUCUAUUAAAUCUCUGGAUUUAUGCGCAAAUUCAGACUUGACUGACUUUACUUUUCUUGAAGAUUUUUAUAAAUAUAACAGUAAAUUGGAAAGUAUUUAUUUACCAAGAGGUAUUGAUACAACAAAAAUUAACUUUGAAUAUUUAAGGAAAAACCUUAAAGUAUUAGACAUUGAUAAAACUGCUCCAGUCAAAUUAAAAAGUGAUCAUUUCAAGUCAUAUCUACACUAAAAGCUUGGCUACUCUUUUAAUUAUUUGAAUUACUAAAAUAAGUAUUGUGUGAAAAAAAGCGAUUAAAUCAUUGAUUAUCAUGAUGUAUUUUAGUUUGCAAAUAUUACAGAUUAAAUCUAAAUAAAUUUAAAUGAAAUUUUUGAUCCAAAGCAUUUUGAACCUAGCUUCUCCUUUGAUAAAUUUGAGAAACUAAAAUCUUCAAACUCAAAUAUGAUAAACUAUUCCAGCGAUGUAGAGUUUUCAAAGCAUGUUCAUCCUUUUUAUUUUUACCCUUUUUUCUAAGAGCAUAUAUAAAACUCUUAGAGUUCGUAAAUUAUUUGUUAAGACAUGGAAGAUAACGAAAAAAGAAAAAGUCUUUCAGAUGAUACAAAAAAGUAUAGCCCCUAUAUAUAAAUAUAAAACUAAAAUUCAGAAUAUAAUAAUAAUUAAAGGCUUAUUAGCAUCUAAGAAAGCUAAAUCACUAAUUUUAAUGAUAGAAGUUAAUUAUCAUCAUACUUUGUUGCAGAGCAAAACGUCUAUCAAGAUUUAGAGUUUAUAGUAUAAAAUUUUUUUAAUGAACAGGCUUUUUUGGAAGAUUAACCAUCAAUUGGUUAGCAAUUUUAUAAAUAGAAAAUAACAAUUAAAAAUUAAUUAAGAAAUAUUGAUUUUCUUUCUCAUUUAAUUGAAAAAAUGUAAAUUUUACAAAAAAUAGAUUUCUCAGGUUCUAAUUUAUUUUUUGACAAGCUUUAAUAAAAUUAAAUAAAAUCACCUCUUUUGUUUUUAACUGAUUUAAUAUUUUCUGGUUUAAGAUGUUCAAAUAGCGAUAAUUAAAUAUUAAUAAUAGAUUAAUUGUUAAAAAAUGCACCUAAUUUGUUAAAACUUAAUAUAAGUAACACAAAUAUGAGUACUGAAAGAAGCUGUGAUUUCAAUUUAAUUAACUAAAGUUUAGAAUUCUUAGACAUUUCUUACAACAGAUUUCCCUCUUUGGACAAAUUUAGAUGUCCUAGUCUAGAGGCAUUUAAAAUCUCAUAUUAGAGAAAUUUUUAUGAUUUAGAUUUAGAUGAUUUGCUUUAAAAAAUACCGAAUAAUGUAGGAGAAGUGAUUUUAACAAAUAUAUAAAAUCAAAUGAAUGUUCUAAUGAUCGAGAAAUAAGACUAAUGUUAGUCAGAUAUUAUGUUGGAAUAUGGUGGUAUAAAUAAUAAAUAAGAAGAGAUAGAUGAUGAAAAUGCAUUGAUUUAAUUCACAUUAGAAACAGAUUAUGACUUGAAUACAAAAAGAAGUUUAAAAGAAAGUCAAAGUUUUUAUGCUAUCAAAAAAAAGAUGUUUUAUAUUUUCAACGAGUAAAAAAUUGAGAAGAAAUGGCUUCUAAACUCUGUGUAGGGUAAAAUAAAAGAAUUAGACAUUUCUGGUAAUUUUGAUUUAAAUUAAACUAACAUUGAAUGCAUAAAUUAACUAAAACAUAAUUCAAAUUUGUAUGUAUUUAAAGCAAAUAAUACUAACUUAACUGAUUAGCUUGUGAAUUUUUCAAAAAAUCCUCAUUUAAAUUAAAUUGAUAUUUUGAAUCCUAUUUUUGACAAAAAUCCUCUAUUUGUAUUAAACACACUUAAUUUACUUCAAACAAACUGUGAUCUAUUUGAUUUCAUUAGCAAAUAUCAUCGAUAGGUUAAAACAUUAUAAUAUGAUAUAAAUUAAUUCUAUACAAGUUGCAAUAGCAUUAGAAAUUAUAAACUAAGUGCUAAUAUGGAGAAAUCCUAUAUCAAUUUCCUUUCAAAAACUCUAAAAAGCGAAUAAGAUAAAUAAAUAUUUAAAAGCUUAAGUAUCCGGAUGAGGGAUGUAAAAGAAGAAAAAUAGUUUAAUAGCUAUUAGCAGCUAUUAAUUUUUUUCUUGCAAAGUGAAAAUCAGAUGAUUUAUCCUUAAUUUAAAAAUAGCUUUUUUAUAAUGUCGCCUAACUUUAUAUCAUAACAAAUUUUAAGAAUACAAAAAAAUGAUUUGAACGAAAAAUCAAAUUCAUAUUCUAAUUUCAUUGAUAAUUUUAGCUUAUUUCUGAUUGAACACUGCAUUUUGUAAGAUAAAACAAAAUAUAUUUUUGCUUACGAUAAAUACUUCUAUUAAGAAUAUCCUGAUUUCUAUUAUCAAGAUUUAGAUUCAAAUACAAACAGCAUUUAAUUUUUAUUCAAACUUUAAAAGUAAAUGCUAGAAUUAAAUAUAAAAUAAGCUUUCCUACCAAUAAGAUUAGUUUGCUCUCAAGAAACUCUUUAAAAAUUGAAUAUUUCAGAACUUGACUUAUUGCAGUGUUUAACUAUGAUACCUGCGAAUAAAAUAAAACUAACAAAUUUAAGUAUUUAGUUUGUUAAGAGCUGGUAUGCCAUUAAUUACUACUCUCCUCUCACAACACAAACCAAUAUAGAAAUACAUUUUUCACACUUUGAGAACUCUUCUGUUGCUAAUUUUAUUUCUAAUUAUUUUUAUUAGCUUUUUAUAAAUAGCUAUGACAGCAAGUAGUUAAAAGAAAGAUUUAAAGUUAAGUUAUCAAAGUUAUGCUACAAUAUCUUUUAAAUUUUCAACUUAGAACCAUAAAAGUAUAAAUUUGACCAUUCUGUAAUUUAGUUAGAACAAUUAUUUGAUAAAAAGUAAAAGAGCUUCAAACCAAUAAUGUUAUUAAUCUAUAUAAUCUAUAUUGCUGUUUGCGUUAUUGGUAUCUUUUUAGUUUCUUAAUAUAACAACAUCAACUGCGGCUAAGGUAUAUCCUGGUAUUCAUACAUCACUUAUGCGUUUUUCGGAGUUUUUACGCUUAUUUAUGAAGCCUACAUAUUUAAUAUAUAAUUGAAGUAUGUGUCUCAUUUAAUACCUGAAUUGAAAACUAAUUGCAAGAGAAAUUUUCCACACAAAAUGAUAAACCAGGUUAAACAGUUUAUUAUUGAUAUUAGUUGGUUAAAUUAAUGGUAUAUGAAUUAUGCUAUAUCAUUUAUUUUUAGUUAACUGUCUAGAUUCAACUUUUUUAGUAACGUAGCCUAUUUAUACAGUACUUAUACUUGCUAAAAGUACCUAUAAUUUUCUAUUUCAAUUUUUGCAAUAUCAAUUAUUGCCUUAGUAGAAAUACCUUUUUUAAUGCCAAAGCUAUUUAAUGUUAGAAGAACCACAAAAUUAAUCACUUAAAAUAUAGAUGAAUUAUAUGAAAUAUGUAAUGCUGCUAAAUUUUAGGCUGUUUCAGAUGUUUUUGCUACUGUUUCACCAAAUAAUUCUUUUGUCUAUAAAAACAAAAUGUUUAACCUUAGAAUUGUUAACAAUUUUUUAAGAAUAAUUUUCCAUGAUAUACCUUUUAUUAUUAUUUAAGCUUACGAGAUAAUAAAUUCAAACUCUUCACACAGAUAGAUUUUAAUAAAUUUGUUAACUUCAAGUUUAAUGCUGGCAAUAUCUUUAAGUAAAUUUCUUAGUAUCACACCAUCUUUUGUUUCAUAAGAAGAUUUCAAUAUACUAAACUAAUACAAAAAAAAGCAUACAUUACCACGCUACAAAGGUAAGCUUUCAAAAUAUGAAAGUGAAUUUUUGUAAUAUAAUCAUAUAGAACUUUUAAAAUGUAUCUAGUCCUAAUCAUAUUAUUCAGAGUACUUAAAAAAAUAAGGAUUAUAAGAAAACUCUAAAUAAUUUAAGGAUUAAAUGAAUUUUGCAUAAUCAUUAAAACGAUUUUAACAUAAUAUAGACGAACUCAACAAAAUCUUUGGCUCUAAUGCUAAUAUAUCGCAACUUUAAUAGUAGAAAUCAAUCUAUUAAACUCAGCUUUCAUUUUCAAAUUACCUUUUUAAAGAAUAAAGAAGUAUUAUUGAAUCUUCGAAUAAUAUUCUAUUUAAGAAGUGA